AUGUCUCUGGAGCCUGCCACAUCGGGAGCUGUUCGAUGGAGGUCGAUCAGGGGGCCAAUGGAGGUGGCUCUAUUUGCCAAACAGAUACCCAAUGGUACACGCACGUUUGCCGAGCAUGUCAUGCACGGCGACCAGAUGACCAUCACGAGGGUCACCGAGAAAUACAUAGAGUUGACAGCCUCGGGCGGCCAGAUCAUUCCGAAAGAGAGCAAUUCGCGAAUCCGGUUUUCAAAGCCUUACAUGGUGGCUGCAGACACCACAAAGCCGGGAAGAUAUGCCAUCACGCUCACCACACAGGUAGGAGACGAGCUGGCCGACUGGACCAUCCUUGGCAAGGUGAGAGGCGACGCCGUAUACUGGCUGCGCAACCUAGCUGGAUCGGGUACAGUGAAAGACGAGGAUGGUGUUCUGCAGUACGCGGUGAAGGGAAUUGGCGGCGAGAUUCUUGAAAAUGUGUGGAACAUCCAGGAGGAAAAACAGGAAGCGAUCCAUAAUACGGAGGUGAAAACUGCUCGAAAACAGGUGUUAUUGAGUUUUGACGAGGACGAAGAGGAGGACGCAACAGACGUCCAGAUACGAAUGCGGCCGAUUAAAAAAGUGAAGCGUGCGCAAAAGAAGGAGAGGGAGGAGAAGGACAAACCUGUGACCAAAACGACUACAACGGUGCCAGAGACUGUAUUGCCAGCAGGGAAUGCGCAAGAGCGUUUACAGGACUCUGCUGUAGAUGCUCCAACCAGCCACACAGACCCCACGCUAGAGAAACUGCGCAAGUUUCAGGAGGGAUCGACGGGCUAA